AUGUUAAGAAAAAAGACAAAUGCAAAUGCGCCAAAGCGCAAGGCAGAAGAAAGACAGGCGCAAUUCACCAGGAGAAUACAAGAGGUCAUAGGACACGACGAUAUCGCCAAAGAUGUACGAAUCGACAAGGAGAACAAGAAGGUCCGCACCUCGGCCGGCGACCUGCCCAUCUCGCCCGUCAUGGACCCCGUGUGGAUGGACGUACGCACGAGGUACAGGACGCCCAAGCCCAGGCCCAAAUCCACACACCGGCCUCCUCCCUCGUCAUCAUCAGGGAGAGCGCCGAAGAAGCACAAGUACGUAAUUAAAAUGGGGUGGGAUGAGAAGAAGCAGGAUAAUACAAAGUACAUUAUCGUGAACAAGAAGCCCAAUGGGGGCAGGUUCCGCGUCAAGGUGCAACAGAAUCCGUACGUUCAUGCCCUUGCCUCGCCUAUCCGAUUCUGUCCCGUCACGGGGGCAUCUCUGCCGAAAUACUUUCUUCAGAACUUCAAGGCCGUUACGAACCCAGACACCAAGGGUCACUGGUUCAUGCCGGGCGACAUUGAAGUAUCGUGGACACAUAAACAGGCCAUGGAAGAUGUAUGCGGAGAGCUCGACGAUGUGGAGGACGGAGUUGAAAAGCAUGACGAUGUGGAGGAUGGGUCAAGGGAACACGCCGAAGAGAGCCCUAAAGAGCUCGACAAUGAAAAGGACGAACUCAAGAAAGCUUUCAGAGAGGAUGGCGAGGCCAAGAAGUCUGAUGAUGCCGAUGAUAGGUUCGAAAAGCGUUUUGAACAGACGGCCGGAUCCACGAAACCUGAAGAGGAGGUAGUCGAAUCCAAAGAGCAAAGCGAAGAGGGACCUCGAAAUCUCAACAUCACAGAAGAAGACUUUGAGAAACAUUUCGAAAAAGCAGUCGGAUCCGAGAAGCACAACACAAAGGAGAAGAGCCGCUCUACAGCGAUAUCAAACAGAAAACCAUCCAGAACAGAACCCCUCGAGGAUUCCCUCGCAAGGCAAAAAGAAACAGACCAGCUACUCAUCGAAUCCCCUUCCGCCUAUGUGGUCCUUAGGAAACCCAUCAUCGACUCCAUGGCAGGAAAACGUGGCAAGACGCCCUUUGGAGACGGGUGGAGGACGCUCCUGGGCAGGAACCAAAAGGUCAUGAACUCGGACAUUCCCAAGCGUCUGGUGUGGCGCGAGGACAUGGGCGACUUUGUCCUCGACAACCUACGCAAGAAUGUCAUGAAGAACAUUGCUUACUCCGUCGAGAUGAACAACCAGAAGAGGUCCUACAUUGAGCCCCUCGAGAGGUGGGAGGAUGUUCACGAGUCGGAGAAGCGGGGCUGUUUGCUAUGGUAUGACACGGCAAAGGUUCCUACGGAAGAGAGUCGGUGGGAUGAAUGGAUGAAGGAAGGACAGAUCAAGCCAUUUGCGACCUACGAUGUCCCUGACGCAAAGUACGAAAAGAGCCUGCCCAUCUACGAUAUCGGGCGGCUCAUGGGGCCAGAGUACCUCGCCAAGCUGAUGAAAAUGCCCCUGUUCCGCAAAAAGUCGCUCUUCGUCGUCAAGAAGAAGCCGUCGACCCCGCUACAGCUCUACCUGUGGAAGCUGCAGGCGUACAUGGCCGAGUAUCCCUCCGCAGAGAAGGUCGCCGAGGAGAGUGCGGAGAAGCGAAGGCUCGACAGGAAGAGGAGGGAGGAGGAGCGCCAGGAGGAACUCGUCCAGGAGCAAUUCAGGCUGGAGGAGGAGGCGAGGGAAGGGUACAUCAGGGCCAAGGCCGAGCGUGCCCGGAUCAUUCAGGAGAGAAUCGAACGGGAGAUGCGCGGGGACGACGAGCCCAAGGACAAGGCACCCGAGGCGGAGGUCGAGCGCGAAGCCGGGUUUGCGACCACCAGCACAGCUACGCCAAAAGGUUCGGCUGCAGUCAUGACCAGAGAUGCCUUCGCCACCCAAUUCAUGUCGACAGCACGAGUUUCAGCACCCAAUGCUUGGGGCAGCGCCGUCAUCAAACCCAUAGGUACGACCAGGAUCGACAGGAAGGCUGAAUUCUCCAAACGGCCCACGAUGAAAGCCAGAGCCGAAUUUACACCAAAGCGCUCAGCCAAAGCUCCCGCGGCGCCCAUGACCGCAGCCGACUUCACCGCCCAGCUCAUGGCCACAACUCGAGUCGGUUCUGGAUCUGACUCUUGA